AUGGCAUCAAAGGUGCGUGAUUUUACUAAACAAUUCAACGCUAUUGAGUGUGUGAGAGGUGGGCCGGUAGCUCACCCACAAGACACCUGCCAUUCACGUGUGGGUCAUCGUUUUGACACACCCUUGAGAGUUGAGAAAGAACGGAUGAGUUUGCUUUGUACAACUUGUAAGAAGAGUUCGUAG